AACAAGCAAUAUGUCAAAAGACGCAAAUCGAGCUCACUAUAGGAAAAAGGCCAAAGAGUCCAAUUAGAAGAUGAAAGUUUCGAGUUUGAAUUACGUAAAAAAUACCCGCUCUACAAGUUCUAUUUCAGAAGCGUGUGAUACGCGUUUGACGUUUAGCUAAUCUCACGCGUCGGACGGGACUCCUUAUUAUUAUUUACGGUAUCUAACAUUCGAGCGAAAAAUGGCUUUGAAUCAAUUAUUUCAGCCUAAAACUUACAAAAUACAGUCCCGCUGAGCGUUAUUUUGAACUUGACAUCUUCUAAUCUUUGUGCAUUGCAAGCAACUAUGGUCACGCAUCUGAAUGCAUAAGUAACAGAUCAUAUCAACUCAAAAUUACGAUCAGAAUCGAAUCCGCACAUAAUGGGUAGCAGUUUACGUACUUCAGAUCCCAAGCACCUAUUAACAAACAGACCCAAUGCUGUCCCAUUUGUGGUAGAGGCAUAUUAGGCUCCAUGGAGAAACAUCUGGCUGUUCAUGCAGGUGAUCUACCUCACGAAUGUGAUAUCUGCGGCAAGGCUUUAGCAUCGCACAGUGGUCUCAUUACACAUAGGCGUCGUCAUACAGGUGAGAAGCACUACAGAUGUAGCUUCUGCGAUGAAGCGUUUGCCAAGAAUACCGAGCUCAAACAGCACACGUGCGAUACGAAGCGAUGGAAAUGUGACGUUUGCCCUCGAGAGUUCAAUUCAAUCGAAAAAUUAGAUCUGCAUACACCGACACACAGCGGAGAUGUCCCUAGUAGCUGUAAUAUUUGUGGCAAGGAAUUCAAGCGAAGAUACGGCCUGACAAGGCACAUGCAAAUUCAUGCCCGCGAUAAAAAGUUCAAAUGCCAGAUCUGUGACAAAACAUUCUCACAUUCUCAAUUGCUUUCAGAUCAUAAACGAACCCAUUCCGUUGAUCAGUCGCCUAAGAGCAUUAGUAAAACCGAAUCUUUAAAGUCUGAGGGAGAUUUGCAAACUGUAACAAACAAGUGCAGGUUUUGCGGCAAAAAAUUCACCACGAAAUAUCAAUUAUUUCAACACGUUCAGACGAUACAUUUCGACGAACGGACAUUUGAGUGUUCCGUCUGUAGCAAAAAAUUCUUUUCAAAUAAAGCUCGAAACAAACAUUUUCGGUAUCAUACUGGGGAGAACCGGUACAAAUGUGAAAUUUGCACCAAAUCGUUCCCGACACCCGGCUAUCUCGAUCGUCACUCACGUGUCCACACAGGUGAACGUCCGUACAAAUGCGAUAUCUGCGGCAAAGAGUGCACCCAAAAAUCUGGGCUCACCGCUCAUCUACGCAUUCAUACCGGUGAACGGCCAUAUGAAUGCUCUAGCUGUGAUCAAACAUUCGCGUCUUCCAAUACGCUGGAUCGACACAUGAGGGUGCAUACAGGCGAAAGACCAAACGCGUGCGAUAUAUGCGGUAAGGAGCUUAGCACGAACGCUCAUUUGGAGCGGCACAAACGGACACACACAGGCGAGAGACCUUUCAAGUGUGAUGUAUGCGGCAAAGUUUUUGCAAGCAAGUUCAAUUGGAAACGACACAUGGAGCAGCAUCGCAGCGAUAGAUCAUAUGUGUGUGGUGUUUGUGGCACCGAAUUUCCCACAAACGCUGCCCGGACUCAGCAUAUGGCACAGCACGAAAAAACAUUUGCGUGUGAGAUCUGUUGCAAGAUGUAUUUUACGUAUUUAAAUCUCGAGCAACAUAUUAUGCGAGUACACAAGAAAUGAAGUUUUAAAUUUUUUUCGACGGACACGAAAUAGACAAAAUAAACUUAAAGCUUUCGUUUUAUUAUGUGCACUGUGCACUCUCGGCAA